GUAAGAACCACCUCCUGAUUGUUUCAUAUCGCGCGUGGAACUUGCGCUUGGCUCGUUCAUCCCCUACUAUCUACCCACCCACACCUUUCCCCUACCCCAAUGACUCUCAAGGUAUCAAUUAACCAACAACUAUCCAGCAAAGCCUCCCCAGACCAAGUACCUAACGUUUCUGUGCAACUUAUAGGCCAGGAACAACAGUCUGUGGAGGUCCGACGCCAUGUCGUCUUUUGAAGAAAUCCUCCAACAGGUCAACUCGAGAAGGCUGUGGAGAGGCGCGGCCUUGUUGGCCCUUGCUGCAUUCUCAUCGCCUGUCUUCGUGCUGACUUUGGCUCCAGUGUACGGUUCUGCGCCGUCGCACCUCUUCCAUGGCUAUGGAGUGGCUAUUGCUGCUGGUGCUGGAUGGUUCCUUAAGGAUUUUAUCCAGCGGCUUACGAACCGCCGGGCUGUGUAUCUACUUCCAGUGCUUGCAUUCUGGUACCCCACCAUCCAGUACUUUUUGCAUCAGCAGAGUUCCUCGUUUGGAAACCCUACAGGGGCUGUGAUCACCGAGGUGGUCGCUUUCUACCCUUUUGUUCUACUCUCUGUGGCCUGUGCCGGGAUAUUGGUGCAAUCUGGCCUGAACCUGGACCGUUAUGGUGAUCUGGCCAAAGAGCAUGUGCCUCUCAUCGGCUCGUAUAUCGUCUACUCUGUCGGAGAAACAUUCGCAAAGUCAUUCAUCUCGAGGUUUAUCGGUUCGUUCUGGCUCUUCUCAAGCACUGGCCUCCAGUUCUUGGUUGCAAUUUUGUGUUCUGCCGUCAUCCCCUCUAAGUGGCUCCUCUUGGCUAUUCCGUCUAUUUUGUUCACUCUCACCUCUAACGUGCACCUGCCUUUGGGAGGCACGACUUCGGCAUUGAAAUCUGCUCUCAAUGAGGAGGGGUUUGCGCUCGUGGAUCGGCAGGAGUCUUCAACCGGUUAUAUAUCGGUUCUGGACAAUCUGGAGGACGGUUUCCGGGUCAUGCGGUGUGACCACAGCCUUCUCGGAGGCCAGUGGACCAAGACCUACCGCAACUACAAACCCAGAGUUCAGGACCCGAUCUAUGCAGUUUUCUCUCUGCUCGAGGCCGUCCGGCUGGCGGAAACGGGGCACGGGGCACCACGAGUAGAUGCAGACAGCAAGGCGCUUGUCAUUGGACUUGGAGUCGGCACUUUGCCCGCUGCACUCAUCACCCACGGGAUCGAAACUACAAUUGUCGAGAUUGAUCCGGUCGUCCACAAAUUCGCCAGCAAAUAUUUCCACCUGCCACCCAACCACAUCGCAGCGCUCGAGGAUGCUACAUUGUUCGUGGACCGCGCUUUGAAAUCCCCACAGCCGGCCCAAUACGACUACAUCGUCCACGACGUGUUCACCGGCGGCGCUGAGCCAAUCGAGCUCUUCUCCAUUGAGUUCCUUGAGGGCCUCAACUCCCUUCUCAAGCAGGAGGGUGUCAUCGCAAUCAACUAUGCGGGCGACCUCUCCCUCUACCCCGCCGCUCUCACAGUCCGCACCAUCCAGGCAGUCUUCCCCUCUUGCCGCUUUUUCCGUGAGGAUGCAGGAGAAGAAGGCAACAGUGACUUCACGAACAUGGUCAUCUUCUGCAAGAAGGACUCUACUACCCCUCUUCGCUUCAGGGAUCCAGUCCCGGCCGACUUCCUGGACAGCAAGUUCCGUGAGACGUACCUGGUGCCGAAGCAUGAGAUUAAUCCGGCCAUCUUUGCCACCGUUACGGGUGGAAAAGACGUCCUGAGAGCUAAGGACACGGGUAAGCUCUAUAGGUGGCAGGAUCAGGGUGCCUUGGAGCACUGGGCUAUUAUGAGGAAGGUUCUGCCGGCUGCUGUGUGGGAGAAUUGGUAGAGAUUCUCGCUUAUAUGAGUAUACCUGUAUAGUAGCGAUUGCCUGGUGCAGACCGUGUUUUUUCUAUCCGUUACCGCUUAGCUAAGGCAGAGUGACCAGAUUAUUUGUCAGUUAGAGAUGAGUUUAAUAAUUCGUGCCUUCGUGGGGUAUAUAUGCUACACGCUUUGCUCGUUCUCAACCCACAGUACAGG